GUAUUUGAUGGACUUGUUUCAUAACAUUAUUAGUCUGCUUAAUGAUAUGAUUUGUUAAGUCGCCUGUCAUCAGUCUGCAUGGUGUUUAUCUUCUCACUGACCGGCGGCGCUUCUCGCGAGCGCACGGUGAGCGCAGGCGAGCGCAGCGCCGACUGCGCCCCCUGCAGCCUCUCGCAGCGACAACAUCUGACUGUGAAAACAUCCUGACUGCCUGCCUCAAACCACGGACGAGCUGCGGCGGCGGCGGCCGACACAACGCCACCCUGUCCAGCGGCUGAGUGACGGCCGGGUGGUAUGGAUGUGCGGACCCUGAGCGAAAGGUUCCCCAGAUGGCUCCGUGAGUGAGGAUGCGACUCCCCAGUUCCAUCUUUGUGUCGGUGUCUCUGUUCACGGCCGAGACCACGGCAGCUCUGUAUCUCAGCUCCACGUACCGCUCCGCAGGAGACCAAAUCUGGCAAGGGCUCACGCUCCUCUUCACGCUCGUGCCGUCCGUGCUCGUGCAGCUGACUCUCACCUUCAUCCACCGGGACCUCAGCAGAGACAGACCGCUCAUUCUACUGCUGCACAUCCUGCAGCUCGGACCCAUCGUCAGGUGUCUGGAGGCGUUCUGCAUCUAUGGCAGUGUGGGCCGUGUGGAGGAGCCUUAUGUCAGCAUCACCAGGAAGAAGCAGAUGCCCCGCGGGGGUCAGUCUGAGGAGGUGGAGCGGCAGGUGGGGCAGGCGGAGGGCAAACUGUUUACACACCGAGCAGCCUUCGCCCGCACCUCUGUCAUUCAGGCCUUCUUGGGUUCUGCCCCCCAGCUCACCCUGCAGCUUUACAUCUGUGUCCUGCAACAAGGCGUAUCCAUCGGAAGAGGCACACUGAUGGUGAUCUCACUUUUGUCCAUUGUGUAUGGAGCGCUGCGCUGCAACAUCCUGGCCAUCAAGAUCAAAUACGAUGACUAUGAAGUGGACGUCCGACCCACGGCUUAUCUGUGCAUUUUCCUGUGGCGAAGCUUUGAGAUUGCCACCCGUGUGGUGGUCCUGGUUCUGUUCAGCUCUGUGCUGCAGCUCUGGGUCCUGCCUGUGGUUCUGCUCAACUUCCUUAUUUUCUUCCUCUACCCCUGGAUCCUCUUCUGGCAGAGCCACUCGCCGUUCCCUGAGAAUAUUGAAAAGACAUUGACCAGGGUGGGAACCACCAUCGUGCUUUGCCUGCUCACCUUCCUGUACGCUGGCAUCAACAUGUUCUGCUGGUCAGCUGUGCAGGUGAAACUCAAUGACCCAGACCUCAUCAAUAAGUCCCAGAACUGGUAUCGCAUGGCUGUGUACUACAUGUUGCGUUUCAUUGAGAACGCCUCGCUGCUUCUGCUGUGGUACAUCUACAAGACCGACUUCUACAAGUUCAUCUGUGCCCCGCUGCUGGUACUGCAGCUGCUGGUCGCCUACGCCAUCGCCAUCUUCUUCAUGCUGGUCUUCUACCAGUUCUGUCAUCCUUGUCGGAGGCUCUUCUCCUCCAGCAUGACCCAGGGCCUUUGGAAUUGCUCCUCUCUCCUCUGUCUGAUGUGCAACUCUACUUCGCCGCAGAACAGGCCGAUAGGAAAGGCCAUCCUGGAGCCGCCAAGCCCCAAUCAGCGCAAGGAGCCAACCAGCGACGGAGCCCACGAAACAGCCAGUGACACCACUGACGACAUGCCUAACGACACGACUUACGACAUGCUCAACGACACAAUCUAUGACAUUCCUAAUGAAACGGGCAAUAAUACAGAAGAGGGAAUCAAUGGUGACAUUAGCCACAGUGUAUCCUGCAAUGCUUGAAGCAUUACAUUUGUUUGACGUGCCAUUCAGAGGAUUGUACAGGACAACUCUGACAGUAAUCGCACCACCGUAACCUUUUAAGUGCCACAUUGAUCCCUCUGUGAGUUGAGUUUACACUUUAAAUCCUUUCAUCUUCAUUUCAUGUAUCCAUUGAAUCUGUUUUCUAACACAGUUGGUUCCAUACAUGAAGCAAAUGUGUCCUUAACGUUGGAUCUGUACCGGCUGCAUUGUGUUCACCUGUGUUAACCUGACGUCAGCAAGCAGUGUUCAGAAACAUCCUAACCUGUCAUUAUGCAGCCUUUACUACGAAUGAAAACCUGUUGUUGUUGUUGCCACCAUUACUUUUAUGUGUGGAGACUGUUUCCACUUAUAUGCUGCAUUAUUGAUCACCAGGAGCCAUGGCAUUUGAAUUGAUUGUAUUUAGUAUCUCUCUUUGGCAUGGAGGUGUGCAUGUGUAGAGCCUCGGAUGAGGUGUAAAUGUUAUUCUGAAGGGGGGGGUGGAGUCUGUUUUGUACAGGGUUCUUUCUUUAAAAAAAACAAAACCCCAGUUUUAUGGCUGCAAGCAAUCAGCUUUUUUACUCCUUGAUAAAAGCUUUAUAAUAAAUCUGCGCUGCUUCUGUGAUGUAUUUGUGCUUGCAGUGAGAUAUGAAUCUCUACACAUUGUUAAAGAGCCUGUUCGAUCACCAAACGUGUCACUGUAAAGCACGGACAUCUCUCCGCAUAAUGUUUUUGCACGUUUACAAAAAAAUAAAAAAGGAUUUAAGUGUCUUUGGUUCAA